AUGGCCUAUCGUACAGACAACAAAAUCAGAUACUUUUCAUUAUAUCUGCUUAAAUUCGUCCUUAUCAUAGCACCACAUGACUCUGUCACUGAACUUCUUAAACUGCAAUAUGAGUGUAUUUAUCAACUUAUCUCCACUAUUGAUGGCGAUACUGAUUACCUCUCUUACUUCAGUACCAAAUUCGAGCUUUCCACACGCCCAUCAAUGGCUUGUCGGUCCGAUUCAAAAGCCAAGGCCAACUCUUCCGACCUUCCUGUUUCAGAUGAAACGGACUUCUGCACCUUUCCUUUGCUCAUCAAAGUCCAACUCCUCGUGCCUGUCUUCGCCUACCGGACAAAUGGUGACAGAAGCAAACCUUCCUUCAAGUGA